AUGGAUUUCGGCGACGAACCUGAGGGCUCCGACAGCCAGCGCCAGCAGAAGCGCUACCACCGCCACACCCCGCGCCAGAUUCAGCAGCUCGAAGCGAUGUUCAAGGAGUGCCCGCACCCCGACGAGAACCAGCGCGCCGCGCUCAGCCGGGAGCUCGGCCUGGAGCCGCGCCAGAUCAAGUUCUGGUUCCAGAACCGCCGCACCCAGAUGAAGGCGCAGCACGAGCGCGCGGACAACUGCUUCCUCCGCGCGGAGAACGACAAGAUCCGGUGCGAGAACAUCACCAUGCGCGAGGCGCUCAAGAACGUCGUCUGCCCCAACUGCGGCGGCCCGCCCGUCGCCGAGGACUACUUCGACGAGCAGAAGCUGCGCAUGGAGAACGCCCGCCUGAAAGAAGAGCUGGACCGGGUGUCGAGCAUGACGUCCAAGUACCUCGGCCGGCCGUUCACGCAGAUGCCGCCGGUGCCGACCAUGUCCGUGUCGUCGCUGGACCUGUCCAUGGGCGGGAUGCCCGGGCAACAGGCCCCCCUCGGCGGGCCGUCGCUGGACCUGGACCUCCUCAGCGGCUGCUCGUCCGGGAUGCCGUACCAGAUGCCGGCGCCCGUGACGGAAAUGGAGCGCCCCAUGAUGGUGGACAUGGCGACGCGCGCCAUGGACGAGCUCAUCCGGCUCGCCCAGGCCGGCGACCAAAUCUGGGUCAAGGGCAUGCCCGGGGACGCCAGGGAGGUGCUCAACGUCGCCACCUACGACAGCCUCUUCGCCAAGCCCGGCGGCGCGUUCCGCCCGCCGGACAUGAACGUCGAGGGGUCCAGGGACUCGUGCCUCGUGUUCAUGAGCGCCGUCGCGCUCGUCGACGUCUUCAUGGACACAAACAAGUGGAUGGAGUUCUUCCCCGGCAUCGUAUCCAAGGCGCAGACAGUCGAUGUUCUCGUGAACGGCUUGGGCGGGAGGAGCGACUCCUUGAUCAUGAUGUACGAGGAGCUGCACAUCAUGACGCCGGUCGUCCCGACUCGCGAGCUGAGCUUCCUCCGCUACUGCAAGCAGAUCGAGCAGGGGCUGUGGGCCGUCGCCGACGUCUCCCUGGACGGGCAGCGCGACGCCCACUACGGCAUGCCGUCCCGCUCCCGUCGCAUGCCGUCGGGGUGCCUCAUCGCCGACAUGUCAAAUGGCUACUCCAAGGUGACCUGGGUCGAACACAUGGAGAUCGAGCAGAUGCUCCCGAUCAACAUCCUCUACCGCAACCUCGUGCUGAGCGGCGCCGCGUUCGGGGCGCACCGCUGGCUCGCCGCGCUGCAGCGUGCGUGCGAGCGGUUCGCGGCCCUGGCCACCCUCGGCGUGCCGCACCACGACAUCGCCGGAGUGACGCCGGAGGGGAAGCGGAGCAUGAUGAAGCUGUCGCAGCGGAUGGUGAGCAGCUUCUGCGCUAGCCUGAGCUCGUCGCCGCUGCAGCGGUGGACGCUGCUCUCCGGCACCACGGACGUGAGCGUCCGAGUCUCCACGCACCGCAGCACCGACUCCGGCCAGCCCAACGGAGUCGUCCUCAGCGCCGCCACCUCCAUCUGGCUGCCCGUCCCCGGCGACCACGUGUUCGCCUUCGUCCGCGACGAGAACGCGCGAUCCCAGUGGGACGUCCUGUCGCACGGCAAUCAGGUUCAGGAGGUGUCGCGCAUCCCCAGCGGCUCCAACCCCGGCAACUGCAUCUCCCUGCUGAGAGGGCUGAACGCGAACCAGAACAGCAUGCUAAUCCUCCAGGAGAGCUGCACGGACGCGUCCGGGGCGCUGGUGGUGUACUCGCCGAUCGACAUCCCGGCGGCGAACGUGGUGAUGAGCGGCGAGGACCCGUCGGGCAUCCCGCUGCUGCCGUCGGGCUUCGCCAUCCUGCCCGACGGACGCCCGGGGUCCGGCGCGGGCGCGUCCAGCAGCGCCGUCGUCCCGCUCGCGCCGCCGCCGGGCUGCGUGGUCACCGUCGCGUUCCAGAUCCUCGUCAGCAACCUGCCGUCGUCCAGGCUCAACGCCGAGUCCGUCGCCACCGUCAACAGCCUCAUCGGCACCACCGUCCAGCAGAUCAAGGCCGCGCUCAACUGCGCCGGCCCUUGA